CGGUUACACUCUUUUCCAGCAACUCUGCUUGCCCUGGGACAGCUGUAAUCUGAAUGUGUCUCUCAACUACGGAUCCGGGAGCAUCACUUGGAAAUCAGAGUGUUGUACUUCUGAUCUUUGUAACAAUGGGAAAGUCAACAUAUCAAGUGAGCCAAAUGGCCUGGUGUGCUGCGCGGGAAAUGACGUGAUGUGCCAGACCACCGUGAGCUGCAAGGGAGUUGAAGACCACUGCUUCAUCUCAGAUGACGGGACUAACUUAUACCAGGGCUGUGCUUCCAAAAGCAUCUGUGACAACUCGUCAAUCUCCUCCAGUUACCUCCAUAUUAAUCUGAACGCAGGCAUUCAGUGCUGUCAAGGAACUCUGUGCAAUAAGCUUGGUUCAGGCCUAACUUGUAGUGACUGCCAGAAUUCGUAUUCAUAUGCGAAUUGCCAAUUGAAGCUGAUGUCCUGCGCUGCUGAAGAUUCUGCUUGUGCCAUCGUCACCAGGCGGACUCGAUUGUUCAAUCAACUUACGCCCAUGCAGAUCAUUUUCCGGAGGUACUGCGUUGCCCCUGAUGACUGCAGCAUUGGCUUCUCCUUUCAAGAUAACAACUAUGUGUUUUCAUGGACUCUCCAGUGCUGCACGUCUCAACUCUGCAAUGCCGGGCCUGGUAGCACCACAUAUGUGCCUAACGGCCUGGUGUGCUGUUCGGGGUCAGGCGCACUCUGCCAGAACAUCAUCAGCUGUGUGGAAAAUGAGGACUACUGCUUCACAUCAGUCGAAGGACCAAACAUUUACCAGGGAUGUGCUUCAUCACGUGUGUGCGAAAGCCCAGGAAACGCGUCCUCCAUCCUCCAGAUGGACCUCAGUCCGCAGAUCCAGUGCUGUCAAGGCAGUCUGUGCAACAAACCAAGCUCCAUAAUCAUGUGUAACGAGUGCAUGUCUACAUUCUCCUGGGAAACGUGUCAAGACUUGGUAACAGCAUGCUCUUCUCCGAGCCCCUAUUGCACCACUGUCUUCAGCACGUCCUCACUGUCACGGUCUUGUGCCGCUCCGGAGAGUUGCAACUUGAGCAUCUCUGUCAACUACGGCAUUGGGAGCAGCACCUGGAUUUCGGAGUGCUGUGACUCUGACUUGUGCAAUACUGGAAACGUUUCUGUAUCCUAUGAGCUAAAUGGGAUGAUGUGCUGUGUGGGACCAGACAACGAGUGCACCAGCACUGUGAGCUGCAGCGGCAUUCAAGACUCCUGCUUCACCGCACUAGACAGUGAUGGACAAGUUCUCACGGGAUGUGCCUCCCGAGACGUUUGUGAGAAUCCCCUCAUUGCAGCCACCUACCUGCAGGUUCCUUUCAGUUCUCAGAUCAGCUGCUGCCAAGGGAUCCUCUGCAACAAACCGAAUUCUAGUUUGGUGUGCAAUGACUGCUUCUCCACCUAUUCUUGGCAAUGGUGCCAAGCUGGACCUUCUUUCUGCACCUCUAAUUCCUCUACCUGUGCGUCUGUUUUGGAAUCAAUUAAUUCCAAUUUGUUUCCCUACACACAUUUCUGGCGCUCUUGCGUGUCACCUGAAUUAUGUAAUGUCAGCGCAUCCAUCAACUACGGACAUGGCAGUAACAUGUGGAUCACGCAGUGCUGCAGCUCGGACAUGUGCAACUCGGAACAAGUUAACGUGUCUUCUGAUCCAAAUGGGCUGCUCUGCUGUGUUGACAACACUUGCCAAGGUAUCCUGUUGUGCACUGGCAUCCAGGACCACUGCUUCAUAUUUGACAGCAGCGUCGAUUCAUACAGGGGAUGUGUUUCGGCGAGUGUCUGUGACAGCCCAGUCGAUGUCAGUGCCCACCUGCAGAUUUCCCUUGAUUCCCAGAUUAGCUGCUGCCAAGGAACUGUCUGCAAUAAACCCAAUGCAAGUUUAAUUUGCUACAGUUGCAACUCGCAGAGUUCCUGGGAUGACUGUCAGCUAAACCAGGGGACGCUGUGCGGUUCUGAGGCCUCUGUCUGUGCCACGGUGCUGGAGUCGCAGUCAUCAAUGUGGGGCACAUCCAAUUCCUUUGAGAAGUUCUGUUCAACACCAGACAUGUGUAACUCAAGCGUGUCCAUUAACAUCGGCUAUGGGAGCACCACAUGGACGUCACAAUGCUGCACCUCCGACCUGUGCAAUGAUGGAAACGUGACACUCAACACAUCAAGCAGCACAAAUGGCCUGCUAUGCUGUGCAGGAAGUGACGAAACCUGCAACCAGGUGGUGAUGUGCACGGGGGCUCAGGACCACUGCUUCACGACAGGUGCUGGUGGAAGCGUUUUCAGAGGGUGCUGUUCUGAAAGUGUCUGCCUCAACCCAGUGGGUGCUUUGACCACCUUACAAGUCCCACUCGGACCUCAGUUCAACUGCUGUCAAGGGGACCUGUGUAAUAAACCCAGCUCCAGUCUGAUCUGCAAUACCUGUAACGUGUCUACUUCCUGGGAAGCUUGUGGCAGCCAAAUAAGCCAAUGCGGUUCUGAGCAGACUACAUGUCUCACGUCUCUGUAUGCAGUCAGCACAGGUGCGUACACUUACAGCGAUUUUGUGCAAAGCUGUUCGACCGAGAACGACUGUAAUGUCAGUCUGUCAAUAAACUUUGGAUCUGAGAGCAAAACCUGGAUAACCGAAUGCUGCAGCUCUGAUCUGUGCAAUGGAGGAACAGUUGCUGUUCCUGAUAAUUUCAACAACCUGACAUGCUGUGCAGGAACCUCUGGUGCUUGUGACAGUGUUGUCAACUGUGAAGGGAUUCAGGACCACUGCUUCAUGGCGAAUAAUGGAUGGAUGAUGGGCUGUGCUUCUGAAAGUAUCUGCAAUGCUCAACUUGGAGCUCUGAUCAAGUAUGGUUUGGAAUUUUCACAGAUGACCUGCUGCCAAGGAUUCCUCUGCAAUCGACCCACAUCACUGUUGGCAUGCUACAACUGUCCAUCAUUCACUUUCUGGGAAACGUGCAAUUCUUUGCAGUUUUGUGCAAAUUCUGCUUGUCUCACCUCUGUACAGUCGAUUCAGUCAAAUGGCUACUCCUGGACCAAGACUUGUGCUGGUUUUGAGAGCUGUAACCUGAGUGCUUCCCUUAACUACGGCAGCGGGACGAUGAUGUGGAUCUCAGAGUGUUGUGCCACCGACCUUUGCAACAACAACAGGGUCAAUGUGUCCAGUGAUGCCAAUGGCCUGGUGUGCUGUGCAGGAACAAAUGGAGCGUGUGAGCAAACGGUGGACUGCGUGGGCCUUCAGGACUUCUGCUUCUCCUCAGCUUCUGGUCUGAAUACGUACCUGGGGUGUGCCUCACAAGGAGUCUGUGACAAUCUGGUGGAAUCUUUUCUCAUCCUUGGCCUUCCCGUCGCUUCUAAUAUCACUUGUUGUCAAGGGGACCUGUGCAACAAACCCGUCACCAGGUUGACGUGUCUGAGUUGUUACUCUAUGGAUUCCUGGGACAUGUGUGACAACAUCUCGAUGACAUGUACCAUCAGUGAUGCGGUGUGCACAUCUGUCAUGGUGUCACAAGCCUUUGGUCAGCAAACUAGCACCAGUUUUGGCCGGUUCUGUGCCAAUCCGAUGAACUGCAAUACAACUUCAUCCUUUAAUUUUGGGAAUGGAAGUUUCAUCGAGGUUUCAAACUGCUGUACUUCUGAUAUGUGUAACACUGAGAGAGUGAACACGUCUUCUUCCCAGAAUGGGCUUUGGUGCUGUUCAGGGACCAAUGGAAGCUGUCAGAGUAUCAUAAAUUGUACAAAUGAGGAAGACUACUGCUUCACUUCAGUUAUUGGAUCAACUAUCUACCAGGGAUGUGCAUCUCGCUGGGUUUGUGACAACCCGUCUCAGGCUUUUGCUGUUUUGGACCCAAUCAGCAAUUCACAGGUUCAGUGUUGUGAGGGGAGUCUCUGCAACCAGCCAGAUUCCAGCAUAGUUUGUUACACUUGUUCAUUCGGACAGCCAUGCAUUGCUACUCUGUGCCAAUCUGGGCUUACAAGAUGUGCAACAAUGACUCAAAUCUAUGGGACUGGUGAGUUUGUCAGCAUCAUUGUCACUAAAUUCUGCGCCUCUCCAGAUAGUUGUAAUUCCAACGGCUCUAUUACUGAUGCCUAUCAAACGUACACUUGGAGUGUCCAGUGUUGCAGCUCUGAUCUCUGCCUCCCAGAAAAUGUGUCACUCAGUGGUCCCAAUGGCCUGGUCUGCUGUUCAGAUACAACUUGUCAGACUUCAGUGAAUUGCACAGGAUUUCAGGAUCAUUGUUUUAUCCAAGGUAACGGAUUGUAUGUCCAGAUGGGAUGUGUUUCAAACAGUGAAUGUUCACUGAGAACUUGUUGUGAGGGAAACUUCUGCAAUAAACCAAGAGCCCCUCUGACGUGUCACAGCUGCUCUUCUUCAGAUUCCUGGGACUCGUGUCUCAGUAGCAACGUGUCGUGCAGCUCCGCAGACUCGCUGUGUGCCUCAGGCGUCCUGUCCUACAGCCCAGGGUCCCAGACGUACACGAGGACCUGUGUAGAGCCAACCACCUGUAACACAAAUGGCUCUCUCAACUACGGUUAUGGGAGCGUCACAUGGAUUUUCAAGUGCUGCAACACUGACCUCUGCAAUGACGACACAGUGUCCUUUCCUAACAAUACAAACAGCUUGUAUUGCUGUGCGGGGACAGACAUGACAUGUCAGAACACCGUCAACUGCACAGGAUUGCAGGACAGCUGCUUCACCUCAGCUAAUGGAGCCAGCGUGUACCUGGGCUGCUCCUCUGUGACAAUCUGUGAGGACCACAAUCUCGCUUCUCUCCUUGGACUUUCUGCCACCUCCGUGAUUAGCUGUUGUGAAGGAAACCUGUGCAACCAACCCGGUAAUGCAUCCAUCCUCCAAAAUGCACUGGUGUGCUGCACAGGAUCGGACAUCAGCUGUCAGAACACAGUGACCUGUGCCAACACUGAUGACUUCUGCUUCAUUUAUGAUGAUGGAUGGUCUACAAACACAGGAUGUGCUUCCAGUAGUCAGUGUGAAGCAUCAUCCACUCCCAAUGCCACCACACCGCCCUCCUACAGCUGCUGUCAAGGAAAUCUGUGUAACAAACCCAAGCCCACGGUGACGUGUAACUCUUGCUAUGCAUGGAGCUCUUCAGAGCCGUGUCUAAGCCAGCCAAUUCAGUGCAGCUCCUCGUACUCAGCCUGUGCCACCGUGGUGUACUCCGGUGAGUGA